UAUAAUAGGAGUGCCUUGGUGUAGUAUUCGCUUAGUAGUUAAGCAGUCUUAAAUGGUCCUGGCUGCUGUGUUCUGUGUCCUGUGUUUGGAUUCUGUGAGGCAUGUUCAGGCAAGCUCCGAAGUUGCGACAUGGAUGCAUUGACCUAUGAUGAUGUACAUGUGAACUUCACCCGAGAAGAAUGGUCUUUGCUGGAUCCUUCACAGAAGAGUCUCUACAAAGAUGUGAUGCAGGAGACCUACAGGAACCUCAGUGCUAUAGGUUACAAUUGGGAAGACCAUACUAUUGAAGAACAUUGUCAAAGUUUCCGAAGACAUGGAAGAUAAUUUUCAUGUGCAAGUUGGUAUGAACAUGCCUCUGAAGAAAUGUUAGUACGU